UUGGUGUUUGAUGGGUUCUCAACUGGCUUUUAUGGGAUUCCACCUGUUUGGAUGGUUUUAAGUUUGCAACUGGGGUUUUUUGUAUGCAGUCAUGGCUGGCCUCUAUGGAUUUUCAUUGGCUUUCAGCUAGAUUUUCAUAGGAUUUAUCGGGGGUUUUUGCUGCGUUCUUUGCUGGUAGUAGACAGCUGUUCCGCUGGGCUCUUGUUGUUUUUGCGCUGCUGUCUGGAUUACACUGCUCACGUGUCUGUACAAGUGGAUGUUCAGCGGCAAUUCAGUGGGUUUUAUAAGGUUCCCAAAUUGCUGCUUCCUGGUUUUAAGCUGGUUUUGCAACUGGGCUUACUGUUUUUUGGGAUUUCAAUGGUGGUGGCAGAUGUUGGGCUUAAGCUUGUUUCAGCUGGUCUCAUCCGACUUUCUACUGGUCUUUAUACAAUGAUGGUGGCUCUUGUUGCUGUUGUGCUACACUAUGCUGGCGCUCUACGGCUGGCUCAACUGGUUUUAAGCCCUCUAGCUGGAUUUUUAGCUGGUUCUUUUCUCAGGGCUUUAGAGCAUUUUGGUGGUCCUGAUGGUCAGUACAACUUUGGUUUCGUGGGUGGCGAUAUGCUGUUUUCAAGGCCCCUGACCUGGUUCUUACUUGCAACUGGUCCUUAUGGGUUCUCAGCUGGUUUUCUUUUCGCUGCCUACUGUUCAGCUUGUUCCGCUGCUGCUUGUUCUUGUCUAGUGCACCUUUGGCUCAGCUUUCUUGUAGCUACUGUGGUUUCUUUAUUUAUGACUAUGCAUGCCACUCUUCACGUGUACAGGCCUGAUGCGGCUGCAGCUGGUUGGGUUUUAGCUGGGUUCUUUGCUGGCAGUGGACAGCUGUUCAACUGGGCUCUUGUUGUUUUUGCGCUGCUAUCUGGAUUACCUUACUCACUUGGAUUUACUGCUUUAUACAAUGAUGGUGGCUAUUGUUGCUGUUGUGGUGCUGGGCACUGGGACAUGUGCUCUGGUUUUAUGGCAAGCUUUAAUGUUUUAUACUGCAAUAGGUUUUCUUUGCUACUCUUUACUGGCACUCUACGGUCAGCUCAGCUGGUUUUAAGCCCUCUAGCUGGAUUUUUAGCUGGUUCUGUUCUCAUGGCUUUUGAGCAUUUUGGUGGUCCUGAUGCUGCACUCCAAAGAAUUUUCUUUGCUUUAUGUUGUAGCAUGAGUCCUGGCCAAGAACCUCAUCCAAUUCCCCCAAAACUUCUAGGCAUCACCAAAAACUUUGCCUCCUUGUUCAAGAAACCGUCACAUGUGGAUAAUUUUCUCACAAUUCCUGUUGCUUCGGAGAUUAAUUCCCUGACAAUUGUUGAUCCUUUGGGAUGUAAUAGCACCAUUUUUAUGCCUCUUAUUUCUCAAUUGAAUCAAAACAAGCCGACUGUUCAGUUUGCCUCUGUUCUUCCUUCGGUUGUGUCAAUUUCUACGAAUAAUCAAAGUUCUUCAUCUGAGUUAGGAAUUCAGAUCUCUGUUCCUGAGAGAGAAAUUCAGCUUCCACUUAUGAUUUCGAGUGCUCAGAAUCCUACUGAUCUACAUGAUAUGACUGUUGGUAUUGUCUUGGGUAAUGCUAUGGAGAUGAUGGGCCAAACUCAGAAAGGGGAUGCUGUUAGAUUUGAUACUGCGUUUCUUAUAAGGCCUGGAACUGAAGAUGAUUGUAAGGGAAAGGAAUUCUUCUGGAUUGAUCUGGGAGGGAUGGUUCUCAUUAAUAGACCACAGGUCCAGCUACUGGUUUAUGUUCAGGUAGCUUCCAGCUCAGAUCUUGAUGCAGGAGGUUCAGCUGACAUGAUAUUUGCAGCAUAUUGCAAACAGUUUUGA